UUCGCUUUCUCUUUCGUUAGUUUGUACGUCAUCUGUGCCGUCGUAUUUUAUAAGCUCGUAUUAUUUUCCCUUUUUUAACAACAUUAACAUUGUAAACAUUCCAAAAGAACUAAUAACACAAAUUUGGGUGCUAAAUAGUGAUAACAGUUCUGUAGAUUGUGUUGUUAUAAACGAUACAUUUAACAUUUCAAUAAUCUCAUCGAGCUAUCGAACUUUGAAGAGUGACUCUCUUCGCGCCUAUUAAGACAAAAUGACGAAACUGUUCGAAUGGUUUGGCUGCAGCCUGUUUUUCAGUGUUUAUUUUGCUAUUGUUCUUCGUCAAGUGAAACAUCCACUGUUGGAUGAGUACAUGCUGGAAAUUCAACUUUCGCCCCUAUUUUUGGUACUGUUAUUUGGUAUCUUCUCUGCCACGGUGGUGUUGUAUCGCACCUUCACCUUCAACAACUGUGAAGAAGCUGCCAAAGAACUGAUGGAGCAGAUUAAAGAGGCAAAGGCGGAUUUACGAAGCAAAGGACUGGUUUUGAGUGAUUAGCUUUAUCGUGCGAAUGCGUUUUUUGUAAAUAAAAUCUUUAAAACGAA